ACUGAAGCGCUUAUGUUCUUGUCUCAUUUUGUUGGUGAUGUACAUCAGCCUCUACAUGUUGGUUUCACUGGAGAUGUUGGUGGAAACACUAUAAUAGUCCGUUGGUACAGGAGGAAGACUAAUUUGCAUCAUGUAUGGGAUACCAUGAUUAUUGAAUCUGCAUUGAAGACAUACUACAAGUCUGACCUCACGUUAAUGAUACAAGCUCUUCUGAGAAACAUCACUGAUGAAUGGUCCGAUGAUGUUCCAUCUUGGGAAAAUUGCAAGAAGAUGGUCUGUCCUGACCCGUAUGCUUCUGAGAGUGUCCGUUUGGCCUGCAAAUUUGCCUACAGAAAUGCAACUCCAGGAAGCACUUUAGGAGACGAUUACUUCCUCUCUCGGCUUCCUGUUGUGGAGAAGAGGUUAGCGCAAAGUGGGAUCCGCUUGGCCGAAGUUCUCAACCGAAUUUUCAGUAAGCAACCAUUUGCUGCACAAUGAAGAUAACAGCGAAGUAAUGAAGAUAAACUGCAGAAGAAAGUCGCAAGUAGGGGACCACGCAAAUGCAACUUCCUUCAUAACUUGGAGUUUCCCUCACGUCAAGAAAUGAAGCCUACCUAAAAUGCCUUAUAAGUCAACAUUACUUAAAAAACUGUAAUAAAAUGUACCUUUAAAUGUAAAACUAGUCACCACAUGUGAUAGAUGCUGCAGGCAACAUUAGAAUAUGCUCUAUGUUGCUUUUAUGAAUAAUCUACUUCUAUUUACUUAAGAUAGGAGGAACCGUUAGCUUGUACACAAUAACAACAACAUUUUGUAUAUAUAGAACAAGCUCAUCUUAGUGGAACAUUUCUGUUUCUGGUA